AUGAAUUCUCUUCUCACACUCAGCCAAUUGGCUGGGCCAGCACAUGUGCGGUACCUCCAUACUUCUUUCGGAUUAUGGAGCAAGGUUCCAUUGAGUAAACUUGAGCCAAAUGCUUAUCUUCCAUACGAAAAGCUUUCAAAGAACAUCAAAACAGUGAAAGACAGACUUAAGCGGCCACUUACUUUGUCUGAGAAGAUUCUUUAUUCUCAUUUGGACAACCCACAAGGUCAAGAGAUUGAAAGAGGAGUUUCGUACCUUCGUCUUCGCCCGGAUCGCGUUGCUAUGCAAGAUGCCACCGCUCAGAUGGCCAUGCUCCAAUUCAUCAGCUCUGGACUUCCAAAGACAGCUGUCCCAUCCACCAUCCACUGCGAUCACUUGAUCGAAGCCCAGAAGGGGGGACCUCAAGAUUUGGCGCGCGCUAAAGAUUUGAACAUGGAAGUCUACGAUUUCCUCUCAUCCGCUGGAAACAAAUACGGAAUUGGAUUCUGGAAACCAGGAUCUGGAAUUAUCCAUCAAAUCAUUCUUGAGAAUUAUGCUUUCCCAGGACUUUUGCUCAUCGGAACUGACUCGCAUACACCAAAUGGAGGAGGUCUUGGAGGACUUUGCAUUGGAGUCGGAGGUGCCGACGCCGUCGACGUUAUGGCUAACAUCCCAUGGGAGUUGAAAUGCCCAAAGGUUAUUGGAAUCAAGCUCACCGGAAAGCUCAGCGGAUGGACAUCGGCUAAGGAUGUUAUCCUGAAGGUUGCCGAUAUCCUUACCGUCAAGGGAGGAACUGGAGCCAUCGUUGAAUACUUCGGACCCGGAGUCGAGUCGCUCUCGGCCACUGGAAUGGGAACCAUUUGCAACAUGGGAGCUGAAAUCGGAGCUACGACCUCGGUCUUCCCAUACAACAAGAGCAUGUACGACUAUUUGGUUUCGACUGGACGCAAAGACAUCGCCGAUGAGGCAAGCAAAUACAAGGACUUGUUGACCGCCGAUGACGGUGCGCAUUACGACCAAAUCAUCGAGAUCAACUUGGACACUCUUGUCCCACAUGUCAACGGACCAUUCACCCCAGAUCUUGCUUCCCCAAUUGAUAAGCUCGGAGAGAAUGCCAAGAAGAACGGAUGGCCAUUGGAUGUUAAAGUUGCCCUAAUUGGAUCGUGCACCAACUCUUCUUAUGAGGAUAUGACUCGUGCUGCUUCCAUUGCCAAACAAGCUUUGGAUAAGGGAUUGAAGGCCAAGAUUAUGUUCACCAUUACUCCGGGAUCUGAGCAAGUCCGUGCCACCAUUGAACGCGACGGAUUGUCGAAGAUCUUCGAGGAAUUCGGAGGAACCGUUCUUGCUAACGCUUGCGGUCCAUGCAUUGGGCAAUGGGAUCGUCAGGAUGUCAAGAAGGGAGAAAAGAACACUAUUGUCACCUCCUACAACAGAAACUUCACCGGAAGAAAUGAUGCCAAUCCAGCCACCCACGGAUUUGUCACCUCCCCAGAUAUUACCACCGCUGUCGCUAUCUCUGGUCGCCUUGACUUCAAUCCACUCACCGACGAGCUUACCGCCGCUGACGGAUCCAAAUUCAAAUUGAAGCCACCAACUGGAGAACAACUUCCAGCUCGCGGAUAUGAUCCAGGAGAGGACACCUUCCAGGCUCCAGCUGGAACUGGAGAGGUGAAGGUUUCUCCCUCUUCUCAACGCCUUCAGCUCCUUGAGCCAUUCGACAAGUGGGAUGGAAAGGAUCUUGAGGACAUGAAGAUCUUGAUCAAGGUUAAAGGAAAGUGCACCACCGAUCACAUCUCAGCUGCCGGACCAUGGCUUAAAUACCGUGGACAUCUUGACAACAUCUCGAAUAACAUGUUCUUAACCGCUGUCAACGCUGAAAAUGGAGAGAUGAACAAGGUCAAAUCAGCUUUGACCGGAAAGUACGGACCAGUUCCAGAGACCGCCAGAGAAUACAAGGCUGCUGGAGUGAAAUGGGUUGCUAUCGGAGAUGAAAACUACGGAGAAGGAUCAUCUCGCGAACACGCCGCUCUUGAGCCACGCCAUCUUGGAGGACGUGCCAUUAUUGUCAAGUCAUUCGCCCGUAUUCACGAAACCAACUUGAAGAAGCAAGGAAUGCUCCCACUCACCUUUGCCAACCCAGCUGAUUAUGACAAGAUUGACCCAUCUGAUUCCAUCUCGAUCGUCGGAUUGACCACAUUCGCCCCUGGAAAACCACUUAAAUGCAUUGCCAAGAAGGCCAACGGAUCAAAGGUCGAAAUUGUGCUCAACCAUACGUUCAAUGAGCAGCAGAUUGAGUGGUUCAAGGCUGGUUCGGCACUCAAUAGAAUGAAGGAAGUGUUCGCGCAGGGAAAAUAA